GGUGGCCUGGCCUCACAAGUCACUGCCAGAGAUCACACACGCCACUACAUAAGCAAGAAGAGAAGCAGCUAGGCAAGUGCUUAGCUGCUCACUCCGAGAUUCUUGGCUAGCAUCUCCACACCAGCUAGAGUUCAGCUUCACCAGCGAGACGAGCGAGCAGCAGCCACUGCACCGUGCGAGCAACCAACCAGCCGCGGCGACCGACGUGCUGCGCGCAUAAGCUCGAACAGCUAGCUAGCUCGCUUGAUUGCCGGCCGCGCCUCGCGCGCGCGGCAAGCGAUGGAGGAGCAGCUGAGCCCGGUGGCCGUGACGCACCUGCUGCAGCACACGCUGCGGAGUCUCUGCACCGGCGACGCCCCGCAGUGGGCCUACGCCGUCUUCUGGCGCAUCCUCCCCCGGAACUACCCGCCCCCCAAAUGGGAUCUUCCUGGUGCGGCGUACGACAGGACCAGAGCAAACAGGAGGAACUGGAUCCUGGCAUGGGAGGACGGGUUCUGCAACUUCGCAGCCACCACCUCAGCAGCGUGCGGGCAAGAGGGGGCAGCGGCAUAUGCUGGGGACUGUGAGGCAGCUGUGCAGGAUGUGGUGAAGCAGCAGCAGCUGGGUCUGCAGCCUGAGCUGUUCUUCAAGAUGUCCCAUGACAUCUACAACUACGGAGAAGGGCUGAUAGGGAAAGUGGCAGCAGACCACAGCCACAAGUGGGUGUUCAGGGAGCCCCAGGAGCACGAGAUCAACCUCAUCUCCUCCUGGAGUAACCCUGCUGACUCUCAUCCGAGGACGUGGGAGGCUCAGUUCCAGUCCGGCAUCCAGACCAUCGCCCUGAUCGCUGUCAGGGAGGGCGUCGUGCAGCUCGGCUCCAUGAAAAAGGUGGCGGAGGACCUGAGCUACGUCGUGAUGCUGCGCCGCAAGUUCGGCUACCUGGAGAGCAUCCCGGGGGUGCUGCUGCCGCACCCAUCGUCGGCCGGCUCGUUCCCGGGCGCCCUGCCGACGGACAUCGCAGCGUGGCCGGGCCUGAUGCCGCCGCCCGCGGGGCCGCCGCUGGAGCUCUAUGACCCCUACGGCGCAGUGCCUGUUCCGGCCGCCGCCGCGGCAGCGUCCAUGCACAUCAUGCCAUCGAUGAGCAGCCUCGAGGCGCUGCUCUCGAAGCUGCCCUCGGUCGUGCCGUCCCCAACACCAACGACACCCCCGGCCGGGGCCGUGCCCGGCGUGGCAACGACGGCGCCGGCGCCUGCCAAGGAGGAGACGUACGACUACGUGCAGUGCCACGGCAUGGACAACUUGGCCAGCAAUGGCGCCAACGCCGGCGGCGAGAGCACGAGCAGCGCCACCGCUCAGAUGUCGUCCUACUUUGUCAACGUGAGCAGUAAGCCCAGCCAGGGGUUUUAGCACGAUCGAGCCCUUGUCUCUCUCAAAGUGUGUGUCUGUGGGUGGCAUGGCCAUGGUGGUUGUGCUGGGCUUCUCAAGUGCUAAUUAAAUUAAUCGAUCAGUCAAUCAUAUAUCAUUAAUAAUUAAUCCUAUGUUAGUAAUACUAGUACUAGUUAACCAA